GGCGGGUGGGAGGACGUCGAGGUCGAGAUGCCCGACAUCACGGACCGCCAGACUCUGCUUACGCUCGCCAAGAUGGCCAGCAACGCGUAUUCCCAGCACGACGACUACGGGUGGUACCCGAUCAACGGGAGCAACAACGGCACCGAGUUCGGAUGGGAGCCGGACGCGGACGGGCUGCGCGGCCACGUCUUUGCUGACGAGACAAACUCUACCGUUGUUAUCGCCAUCAAAGGCACCAGCGCGGGCGUGCUCGGUAGCGGCGGACCGACUUCAAAGAAUGACAAAUUCAACGACAACCUUCUCUUCUCGUGCUGCUGCGCACGCGUCGACUUCUCGUGGUCACCCGUGUGCGAUUGCUAUGCCGGCGGGUACAAGUGCGAGCAGACGUGCCUCGAGAAGGCUCUCGUCGAGGAGAGCGUGUACGCGACAGUCGGCACCAACCUCUACAACAACGUCACGUACAUGUAUCCCAACGCGAACAUCUGGCUGACUGGGCACUCGCUCGGCGGGUCUCUUGCCGCUCUCAUCGGUCUCUCCUUUGGUGCGCCUGCCGUUGGCUUUGAGGCACCCGGCGACCGCCUUCCCGCGCGCCGCCUGCAUCUCCCGCAGCCGCCGGCCGUGCCCCCCGAGAAGUCCGGCAUCACACACGUGUACCACACAGCCGACCCGAUCCCCAUGGGCGCGUGCACGGGCGCGUACUCUGGUUGCUAUGCGGCAGGGUUCGCGCUUGAGGCCAAGUGCCACACGGGCUUGACAAUCUUGUACGACACGGUGACUGUCAAGGGAUGGAGCGUGGACGUGCGGACACACCGGAUCGGUGAAGUCAUCAACAAGGUGCUCGCGGACCCGUGGCCAGUGGGCGACGAGGAUGAAGACGACGACGAAGGCCGGGAUGGAGGUGAGGGAGGUGGUGGAGGCGGUGGAGGCGGUGGCUGGGACGACGACGAUGACGACGAUGAUAUUCCCGACCCCGGCACUGGGUGGGUCAACUGGUUCCCGUGGGGCCGGUGGGGCAAGAAGGACCCCAAGAAGCCCAAGAACCCCGACUGGGAGAAGCAUGGCGGCGUGCCCAGGGCCAAGUCCGAGUCGACGUGUGUCGACUGUUACAAGUGGGAGUUUGGCGACAACUGGGACAACAAGUGAACCCGUCCUCAAUAACCACCCACGAUCAUGAUCUUACCAAAUGUUGUGUUGUGCUGUUGUAGUGUAUGCAUCGUCUCUAUCGGAGUGG